CUGCGCCUGUAUUUUUACCUUUCUCGCACAUCAUUUAGAACAUCUGCCCUCAGAAUUAUUGUGGUCCAUUCUCUCCUCAACGUCUGAUAAUUUUAAUUUGUAAUGAGAUAUUGCACAAGUAGCUUCAUAACGUCUUAGUCAGCCACAACUCUAAAAUUUUGUGUCACAAAUAGUAAAAUUUGACCGUGUAACAUACUUGUGAAGACGGCGUGGUUAAAAUUCCUUGCGUGCAUGCAGAAAUACAAAUACUCCGCACUUCCCAUCAAAAUAUUUCAGACGUGAGGAGGGAUGAGGAAGAAUAAUUUUAUUUUUCGUAAUCUGUCCCGGAAUAAGUUGAUUUUCAUUGUCGCAAUUUCAAUUUCCGCUUUGGCUGGAUGCGUAGGACUUUUUCUGCUCAGACGUGGUUCUUCUGCCGAGUCAACUUUGCGAUUUGUGAGCAUUGUGCAUCGACAUGGUGACAGGGCUCCCUCGUUUUCAUAUCCACUGGAUCCUUACAAGGGAGAAUCAUUCUGGCCGGAAGGGUUGGGCAACCUAUUACAGAAAGGAAAAGUACGCAUGUACGAAUUUGGGCGCUUUCUGCGACGGCGGUACGACGGUUUCAUUUCAUCGAAGUACUCAGCGGCAGAGACUAAUGUAAUUUCUAGUAUACGUAACAGAUGCCUCAUGAGCGCUGAACUGGUUUUGGCAGGAUUGUACCCUCCGGAUGGGAUUCAAAUCUGGAAUCAAGAUCUGCCCUGGCAACCAAUUCCGGUUCAUUCUAUUCCUACACCUUGUGAUGAUAUGAUUCGGGUUACAAAGCACUGCUGGUUGCUGUCAAAAGAGACGGAAAAAUGGACAAUUUUCCUGAAUGAAGAAGUCAAUAAAGAUCAGGCAUUUCUCUCCUACCUUUCAAAAAGCACUGGUGUUGAAUGUAAAACGAUGGAAGAUAUUAAUCGUAUUAAGGACAAUCUAAAUGUCGUCAGGCAGCAAGGACUUCCAUUGCCAAAGUGGGUGAACGAUGUUUAUCCAAAUAAAAUAUACUCCUUCACCAACCUCAAAUCCUUGCAUCAACAUCAAUCAUCAACUAUGAUAAAACUUUCCUCAGGUGUACUCAUAAACGAGAUUUUAACGAACAUGAAGAGGAAGCUGGACUUGACGGACAGUUUUGAUCGACGAUUACACUUGUAUUCUGCUCAUGAUAUGGUUUUGGUAAAUCUUUGGAGAGGCAUGAAUUUCAGUCAAGAAAUUACAGAACCGCCCCCUUAUGCCGCAGCGCUUAUUUUUGAGUUGCAUGAAAUUGAAGAUAAAUACCGCGUGCGGGUAUUAUACAAAACAGGAGGUUCUGACAAUGAUUUAUCAGUUUUGACAGUUCGAGGCUGCGAGAAAGACGAAAGAAAUGACGGAAUGUGCGAUGUCGAUACUCUUUCCUUUGCGUUACGAUCAGUAAUCAUCACCGAUUUCGACGAGGCUUGUCAAAACCAAAACCACUAAUGGGAAGCGAACUUCACAAAUGUUUACCAUGCUGUGGUAGCAGCGCACUUGCUAAUAAUUAAAUGAGCACUAUAGUAUGAUGAGUAAGAAUUCAUCAUACAACUAAUCCAACAAUUUGAGUACUAUACGCGAUUUCAUGAGCACAGAGAAAAUCAUCUACAUAUUUCUAGCUCUUAUAAUAACCAGAUUGCUGUAAUGAGAGGUUAUAAUUUUAGAAUAGAGCGCAAGGUCAAGUGGGCGUA